AUGCGCCUCGCUAUCCGCGGUGGUGGUGGCGGCGGUGGCGACGAUGGUGGUUACCCUGGCCAUGGAGGUGGUGAUGGUGACCAUGGUGGUGGUGGUGAUGGUGGUUACCCUGGUCAUGGUGGUGGUGACGGUGGCCACGGUGGUGGUGGUUACCCUGGCCAUGGAGGAGGUGGUGGUGAAGAGUCGACACCAUGCGAAACUACCACUACUCCUCCUCCGGAGACCACGACUCCGUGCGAGACUACCACCACGCCUCCCCCUGAGACCACCACCACUCCAUGCGAGACCACCACCACGCCUCCCCCGGAGACCACCACCACUCCAUGUGAGACCACCACCACGCCUCCCCCGGAGACCACCACCACUCCAUGCGAGACCACCACCACGCCUCCCCCGGAGACCACCACCACUCCAUGUGAGACCACCACCACGCCUCCCCCGGAGACCACUACCACUCCAUGUGAGACCACCACCACGCCUCCCCGGGAGACCACCACCACUCCAUGUGAGACCACCACCACGCCUCCCCCGGAGACCUCGACUACUCCAUGCGAGACCACCACCACUACUACUCCGUGUGAGACGACUACUACUCCCCCUGUGUCUCCUACUACUCCAUGCGAGACCACUACCACUACUCCCCCUCCUGAGUCUUCGACUACUCCAUGCGAGACAACGACUACUACUACUCCGUGUGAGACGACUACUACUCCCCCUCCCGAGUCUUCGACUACUCCAUGCGAGACCACUACCACUACUACUCCAUGUGAGACGACCACUACUCCCCCUCCCGAGUCUUCGACUACUCCAUGCGAGACCACCACCACUACUACUCCAUGUGAGACGACCACUACUCCCUCUGUGUCUCCUACUACUCCAUGCGAGACCACUACCACUACUACUCCAUGUGAGACGACCACUACUCCCCCUCCUGAGUCUUCAACUACUCCAUGCGAGACUACGACCACCACUCCUCCUCCCGAGUCUUCCACUCCCUGUGAAACCACCACCGAGGCCACUCCUCCCCCAGAGACCUCGACCCCAUGUGAGACCGAGACUACUACUCCUCCUCCUCUACCUACUACCAUUACUACCACUUAUAUCACCACUACCUGCCCGAUUACUUGGGCCACCGUCACCAGCGGAACGUCCACAUAUACCCAGCCAAUUACUCAGACUAGCACUUUGACCAUCACUUCCGUCGUCACUUGCACCGAGGGCUGCGUUCAGCCUACGACCACCUCGGUUUCUCCAGUGCAGCCGACCACCGCAGCACCCUCUGUCCCGGUCACUUCAACUGCCCCGGCUCCAGCAGCUACUACUUCUCCUGCUUUUAAUGCUGCCUCCUCUCAAUACAAGAUGUCCCUGGCCGGCCUGGUCCCCGGCCUCGCCAUUAUUAUGGCGCUGCUUUAA